AAAGAGCGUCCCCAAGUUGCCUUUUAACUCUCUAUUGUUUUGCGUUCCGUUUUGUUUCCCCGCUCCGGUUUUGUCUCUGAAAAAAGCGGCGCGACCUCUCCCCGAAGCCUCCACUCCGCUGAGAAACCGGAGCAGCCUUUCGCUGAGUCUCUCGCCUGCUGCUGCGUCAAGAGACAUCGCUGAGAUUUUCUCUUCUGCCGACGCGUUUUUUUCUAAAGUUCCAGUGAAGAAAACUGGUCUGCCUCUGCGAUUCGACGCGCGCUCCUUCUCUCGACGUGAGUCGCGAGGCUUCGCGGCGGACUCGCGAGGUUGGGGGCGUUUCUUGUCAGCCCGUGUCUCUCGCCUCCGCGGCCUUUCUUCUUUCGGUUUCUCUCCGUCUUGUUUGCCUUCGCUUUCGCAUCUCUGUUCUUUCUCAUCCAACGUCGCUCUUGUUUUCCUCUUGUAGAAGACCCUCUGAUGUCAGGAGAGGAGCAGAUCCGCGAAGGGAGACGAGAAGAGAGAGGGUGAGAAACGGACAGAGAGGAGAGAAGAAAGGCGAGAGAAGAGAAAGGAAACUCGCGCGCGUCUUUAUCCAUACUUCCGCCAUGCGGACUCUCCAGAUUCUUCAUCCGUCCUCUCUUUCCUCUUCUUUCUCGUCUAUAUGGCACCCUCCCAGUUGGUUCUCUCUCUCUAGUGUUUCUCUGUCUUCCGCGCAGACGCUCUCUGUACGUCCUUGAAAUCCUUUCUCUGUCGCGGUGCUCUUUGUCUCGCUCCUCCUCUUGUACUUCUGUCUCCGUCUGUUUCCGUCUGUCUCCUGUCUCCACCUGUCUCCGCCUGUUUCCGUCUGUCUCGCUCGCCUUCCUUCCUCGUCUUCCUCUCUGCCCUUUCUUUCUUCCUCCGUCCUCUCUUCGCGGGAGAGACUGUUUCGUUCUCUGCAUCACGCCUCUGGAGGCAGAUUUGAGGAGGACGCCUGAGUGCCUUCUCCGACGGCUGCGCAGGAAAACGGAUUUUUCGAGGACAGCGACGUUGCAUGCGUUUCGAAGGUCAGAGAACCAGCGUGCGUUUCGAAGAUUAGCGAAACUACGGAGACGCAGAAGCGCACAGAACCAGUUCUGAAAUCCGCUCAGAUGGCUGCAGAGGUCGAGCAGCAGAACGGAGCGGAGGGCGCGAUGGAGACAGGCGAGAGAGGAGCAGUUGCCUUGGAAGGAGAGCGGCGAGAAACCUUUCGCCGACUCCGGGAGUCUGCAAGCAGCUGCGGAGGCGAGGGAGAAAAGGAUGUCGAAGACUUCCAGCCUCUUCAAAUGCAAGUGAUCGACGCGUUUUGGCGGUGCUUCACUUCUGAACAGAACGACUUGGCUCUCGCAGCUGUCCACGCCCUCGGCACAAUCGCGCGCAUAUCUCGAGCUACGUCUGUUUUUCAACUUUUUGUGCACUUGCGGGCGGCCAGCGACGCCCUGGAAAUUUACGCCGGGCGCGAGGAUGUACUUCUCUACAUCAGUCAACUCACAAGCAUCAAGAGGUUGACGACUCUCCCCCUUCGUUCCGCAUGCUUGCUCUACCAGCAGUUUGGGCUGCGACACCAUCAGAGGCGUCCUGACAUCAGUCUCGAGGAGCUGCGGGACCUGCUGGUGGCGCAGUCGGCCAAGUUCGCCGCGCGAAUUCUGCAAAGCAAACAGACUAUCGCAGACAUCGGGCAAAUUAUGUUUACGAAAGAUCAGAUGGUCGUCCUCACUCACGGCCGGUCGUCUUGCGUGGAGAAACUUUUGCGCGACGCAUGGGUGAAGCACAAAAAGCGUUUUUCGGUGAUUGUUACGCGUCACGAGGAAAAGCCUGGAUACUUCGUGAGAACGGAUGUGGACCUCCUGAUGGAAAGCAUCUCCGCAAACGGAAUUCCGGUGUCGAAUACCUCUGUCUGCUCCAUCGGGCGCCUCAUGGCCAAAAUCGACAUGGUCGUCGUCGGCGCAGAAGCAGUGGCAGAGAACGGAGGCAUCGUCAAUCGAGUCGGUACCUCGACGAUCGCGAUGGUGGCUCGGCAGCACUGUGUGCCAUUUUACGUUGCAUGCGAAGCGUGUAAAUUCACGCGCAUGCAUGUUUUUCAGAAAGACGACGCCCGUCGAUGUAUUGUCUUUGACAAGGCGGACUCCGACGAUCUGGAGACGCUGGACUCGCCGAAGGACUACGGGGAGUAUCUCGACUACACAGACCCAGAGUUGAUUUCUCUGCUCUUCACAGACCUGGGGAUUUUCGCUCCGAGAAACGUCUCCGACGAACUCACCACUCUAUACGAAUCGUCCUAGACGCGGAAGUAUUGAAGGUCCCAGAGAGAAGGUCCUUCGGAGAUCCUGGGGAUGUUUCUUGGGGAAUAAUAAGUGGAGAUCUGACGGAGUAGGGAACUGUGUGCUGCCUCUCAGGGAGGACGUAGGCAGUGUUCUCUUUCUUGAAGUCUUCUGGAAACGAGAGAGCGGAAAAAACGCGAGAUCUGCACUGAAGAAUCUCGUCCGAGGGCUCGGUCUGUCAGCGGUCUCGCUCGAUCUGCGCGGCCCUCGAGGAAGGCACUGGAGGGGAAGAAGGCAAGCAAAGAAGUGAGAAGCAACGAAGCAGAAAAGCGCGAAGAAGUGAGAAAACGAGAAAGGGGAGAAGAAGAGAGAGACGAAUGGCGUUGGGUGGGAUAUGUAGGAAUCCGUAAAAGAGCGUGAAGUAGUUCUCUCUGAAGGUGCCGUCCAGCUUUUUCCGCCGACUGAAGACCAGGUGGAAAACGCGAGCGAAAUCGGGAUGUUCUCCGGUCUGACACCAAAGACACUGUACGUCGAUGGAAGAACCGGAGACGCAGCGUCGAAUUCGAGUAUCGAAAGUCGAGAAAGCGUCAGAGCGAGUAGAAGGCGGCGGCUCUGGAAAUGCGCACCCGAGACAUCGCUUCUUUCGACUUCGCUGCGCCGAGAAACAGAAACACCGGACUCUGCCCCCCUCUCAGAGGAAGGCUUCUGCAUGUGAAGUAAUCGAGAUCCGGCUAGGAGCUGUAAACAUUUCGUUGUCCUUGGUCUCGGGUGCCUUCUCCCGUUUUCAGGUCUCUCUCUCUUUGCCGCGUUCACGCGUCUUGGCUUUGUCUCCGUUCCUCUGGGAACGCAGGUCUCUGUUCAGGUCAAGGCCUCGGGAGUUGUCUUGAGGAAACGAUGGCGCGGGGUCUCGUUUUUUUCUGUGUCCUGUGACGCGUCCGCAUGGAUCCGGCUACCCAUGUACGGGGAGUCCAGAGGGGCGCAUGCACCGUCGCGAAGUGGGGAACCUCUCGUCGUUCCUCCCGCGACACCGACGGGAGCUUUUGCGGUGUCAGUUCCAGAGAAUUUCUACUCGUUUCUCUUCCAAAUAAUGCCAGGUAGACUUGUUCUGCUGUCGAGACGCGGCGCCACGGCGUAUGCAACACAGGCUCUCCCGGGGCAUCCAUGGUUCGUCUCCGUUUUGAACAUGCGCGUAUAUCCCAAAAGACUCAUGUAUUUUAUACAUAUAUAUACAUAUAUAUACAUAUAUAUAUAUAUACAUAUACAUAUAUAUACAUAUAUAUGUAUCUGUAUUUAAUAACGUCUCUCUUUAUAUACUUUUGUACGUGGGUAUGCUCUGACUUCUGAGAUGCGCAUGCGCGUAAGUGUCCACACACACAUGUAAGGAGAGAUGGGCCGUCCGAGGCUAAGUUGGGUCGCGAGAUUUGCGCGCAGAGAGAAAAUUGUCUUGCUUUCUGGAAGACCGGAAUUGUCGGUGCUAAGAGAAAGUCUACAAAGGAGCACACGCUGUAUAUUCGAAAUAUUCAACGUGUGGCGGGGCGAAGGUGAUGCAUGCAACAUCACUGUUUUUCACGCUUCUUGUCUUCCCUCCGAAACGUCUUCCACCUGCUGGGUGACCUAAAAGUUCAAGCG